AUCCUAGACACAUCAACGGGCAACCUAUAAUCAGACUCCAUAGGUUAUAAUUUACAAUUUCUUCUACACAAACUCAGACGCUUCUUCAUCAACCCCGCCUCCCUCCCUCCCUUUUCCUUGAAACCCACCAUUUCUAUCUCUCUACUUAACGUGUAGAAAAGAAAAAAAAAUCGCAAACAGAAAAUACAUGCGCAUGUGUUAUCUGGGCUUACGUUAACUCUGCCACCAAAGAUUUUGUUCCUUUUCUCAUCACUCUCCGCCGGCUUCCCUUCACUUUCCUCCCUUCAACUCCUUGUAUCUUUUUCUUUCUCUAUAUCUUCAUUUCAUUGUUCUAAAGAAACCAUAUUUACUGCGGCAGCCAGAACAAGCGGAAGCAACAUUAAUUGUUUCUUUGAUAUGGCAACUAAGCUUCUUCUAACAUUCGCUAUUUGUAGAUUGAUUGUUACUGUGGGAUUGACCUUGGACCCCACGGAGCUUCUCCUCCUGGGAGUUGACGCUCAACUCAGUGUCGACCCCACCGACGUUAAAGCCGCUUCUCUCGAUUUCGGCUUGCUCACAGGAGCUCAGCCGCCGCUUGCUGUCAUGCAUCCGGCUUCUUCUCAGGACGUAGCUCAACUUGUAAAAGCAGCCUACGGGUCAAAUUUCGGCUUCACCGUGUCAGCUAGGGGACACGGCCAUUCUAUAAACGGACAGGCUCAGACCGCAAACGGGGUGGUGGUCCAGAUGAGUGGGUCGAUAGGAGGAAGUGGGGUGGCAUCAGGGAGGAAACCACCUCAUCCUCGAGUGUGGCCUCAAGAGAGGUUCGUGGACGUGUGGGGUGGUGAGCUUUGGAUAGAUGUGUUGAGGAGUACCCUACAGCAUGGACUCGCACCAAAAUCAUGGACGGAUUACUUGUACCUUUCUGUUGGUGGAACGUUGUCAAAUGCUGGAAUUAGUGGCCAAGCUUUCAAUCAUGGUCCACAAAUUAGCAAUGUCCACGAACUCGACGUCGUUACAGGGAAAGGUGAACUUUUGACAUGCUCAGAAGAACAAAACUCAGAGAUGUUUCAUGCUGUUCUUGGCGGUUUAGGACAAUUUGGAAUAAUCACCAGAGCUAGAAUUUCUCUUGAGCCAGCUCCACAAAGGGUGAGGUGGAUCAGGGUACUGUAUUCCAAUUUCUCGACUUUUACCAGGGACCAAGAGUAUCUGAUUUCACUGCAUGAACAACCAGCUAGCCAAAAAUUCGACUAUGUUGAAGGCUUCGUUAUUGUAGAUGAAGGUCUCAUCAACAAUUGGAGGUCAUCCUUCUUUUCCCCUCACAACCCUGUCAAAAUUUCUUCUCUUGAGCCUAAUGGAGGCGUUUUGUAUUGCUUGGAGAUCGCCAAGAACUACCAUGAAUCUACUGCUUCUACCAUCGACCAGGAAGUAGAGUCGUUGUUGAAGAAAUUAAAUUUCAUACCGGCAUCCGUCUUUACAACUGAUAUGCCGUAUGUGGAUUUCUUGGACCGGGUCCAUAAAGCGGAGUUGAAACUCCGAUCUAAAGGUUUAUGGGAGGUUCCCCACCCAUGGCUAAACCUCUUUGUCCCCAAAUCAAAGAUUGCUGACUUUGACAAAGGAGUCUUCAAGGGUAUUUUGGGUAAUAAAACAAGUGGACCGAUUCUCAUCUACCCGAUGAACAAAAACAAAUGGGACCAUAGGAGCUCCGCGGUUACGCCGGAUGAGGAUGUGUUUUACCUGGUGGCAUUGCUAAGAUCAGCCUUGGAUAAUGGGGAGGAAACCCAUAGCCUGGAGUACCUAACCAAUCAGAACCGUCAGAUUCUCAGAUUCUGUGAUGAAGCUGGGAUCACAGUGAAGCAGUAUUUACCUCAUUACAAAACACAUCAAGAGUGGGUGGACCACUUUGGAAAUAAGUGGGAUCGGUUCUAUCGAUUGAAAAUGGAAUUUGACCCUAGGCACAUUUUGGCUUCAGGCCAACAGAUUUUCACACCCACCAAUAUGGCUUCAUGGCAAUGACCACUGCUUUUACAAAACUAAGCUAGAAACAGAUCAUAUUAACGUACUACUGACCUAGGAAUAUCCUUGUUCUUGUUGUACUGUAGAUAAAGAAUGGCGUCACAGGGACAAGGAGGAAAAUUAAUGGAUGAUAUUAAGGUUAACAAAUUAGAAAAAGGUGAUGAGGAAGAGAGAGGGAAUAGUUGGUGCAGUUGAGAAGUUGCUUUCUCGGGGAGGAAUUUGAUGCAGACAGUGGAAAGAGGAGGAUCCAUCCGUAUCUAUUUGCAGGGCACAUGUGAUGUUAUUGUAAUAUAGCAGUGCUCGUGAUCCCGACCGCCCCAACUGAUAGCCUUCUGCAUCUUGUCUGCAGCUUCUUCACACUGCUGGUUCCAGUUCCAUAUCCAGCAUGGAUUGGCGAUUUGCUGUUUUUUUACCCUUCUCUUUUACACCUGUAAAUAUAGAACUAGCUCUAUAUAUGCAGUUCCAUAAGUUUGAAAUGGAUGACAUAGUCACUACAGAGUAGUGGAUGAUCUGCAAUGUA